GAAAUAGUCCCUGUCCUUGAAAUGAUUUCAUGAAACUUCCCACUCACUUCCACGAGAUGGCAGUAAGUAUCUCAUUCAUGACACGGUAUUCCUCAGCUGUGAACAAGUGUAGCAGUCACAUGACCAGUAGACAGAUCGUUAACAGUCGAUCGUUUCACAGGUUUUAUUUGCACACCAACAGACGUGGACUUCCUCACAUCAACUGUUCAAAACAGCACACACUUUCACCGAUCCGUGAUCGGAACCUUUCUGUCCUGUAGUUGAUCAGUGUCACAGAACUGUUGUUAUUGGCCGUCAGUCGGUGUUCGUCCACACAGGUCAGUGAACAGUCAAUCCUCCGUGUCUGCAUGAUGUAGUGGACGUGUAAAAAAAACAAAAACACAGAACCAGAACCAGACGUGCACGCUCCGGUUUACAGUUGGUUCUAGACGGUUAACCCAGUUUUACGACAGGAAAUGAUACAUAUGGUAAGUUACAGUUGAUUACAAAAAAUAACUUUCUGAUCACUGCGCAAUUUUAAGUCUGGCCAGUAGGUGCACUGUAACGUUUAAAAGACUAGACUUCUUUAAGGUGUGGUAAAGAUAAUUAACGGUCAUUGAUUAUUGCGCUAAUUGUUUAAGCACUCUAAAUUUAACGUACAAAAUGAUUUUAAUUAGCUAAUAAAUAGGGCGGCGCCAUCAUCUGGAACCGCCACCGUUUCACUGACGUCAUACCGUCUAAUGAACGGCGGGCCGCUGAUAGAUAAGAUACAAAACAGUUGGAUUAUUCAGUAUUAUUCUGGUGGGAACAUCGCAGUCUCGGUCUCGGGGCAGAGUAACGCGGUCGUGACGACGCACAGCUGUGUUCUCGUCAGUCCUUGAGUGGCGGCCGUGGCCGUGGACUCAUGUGCUCCGCACCUGUACACUAGAUCACACGGCACUCGCGCUUUUGUGUUUCGAACUUGUCUCACGCGGCAGGAGCAUGCAGUCAGACAAUCCGAGCGGGAGAGGUUAGCCGACCUACUUUUAACUAAUAGGCGCUCGCGAGGGGUGGAGCCACGACUUGCGUUGGCCAAUGGGAGUCAAAGCCGCGAGCAUCUAGGCCUGGAUUCCGCGUGCCUCAUCCACGUGAGCUGGAACAGCUAUUGUACGCCGGGAGGCAACGUGCUGAAGCCACGGUGAAAAAACAGCACACUCACGUUUUCUGUGGAUUAUGAGGGAAGUGGAAAAGCCACGCAGCACCCGCUGAGGGUCGAGGGAACACCACAUGACAACUGUUAUAUUUGGUACUGACUCGGUCUGGGGACGAGAAGUGCCGUCACACCGCUGACACGGCCCUGCGCCAUGAGUUGUACGGCACACACACCAACCCGUGUACGCCACUGUUUGUAGCUGUCAGCCUGACCAAACAAACAGCUGCCGCUCCUCGAGCUGUGGCACGAGUGUAGGUGUGUCUCAUAAAUAAUGACUCGGCAGCACCGGGGAUCAGUGGAAACAGGGUUCCGCCCCUCCCCAACCCUGCGUUGGCUUUUUUUUUCUCGUACAGCCGUGACGUCACGUAAACUGCCCGUGUCCGUUCCAGCUGAGAGGGAGAGAGGGAGAGAGGGUGAGUGAGGAGUGAGAGAGGACGGUCGGACGUGGACGUCCCGCGGCCUAGACACAAACCCGAGCCCGUGCGCCAGUGACUGUGGAUCCACAAAAGUACAGGGGGAGAAAGAGGAAACUACCCCUCCUCCUCCUGCUCCUCACCCUCCUCCUCCUCCUCCUCCUCCUCCUUCUCCCGCUGACGGACAGCAGAGCCCGACAGCAGAGGAGAUAAACACCAAUGCAACUUGUCAUCUGACCAACUCGGCCGCCGCUGUCGUCGCUCGGCGUUGUUUGUUUGUUUGUUUGUUGUUUUCUGCGCACACCGUCUUCUUGUCUGUUUUGUCCGACAUUUCUUUUUUUUUUCUUUUUUUUUUUUUUGCAUCGCAACUGUUUGAUUUUGUCAACACUUCGGACGAGGAGCUCGUCAGUGACAUUUUUCUUUCCUCCAUUCUGCGUCGUCUUCGUCUCUUCUUUCUUUUUAGCCUCUCUGCGUGGGUUUUUGUGUAGUUAUUAUAUUAUGGACACUCUUCCCUCCCACUCGGUUGUUCUGACUGUCCCUCCCACACUGGCCCUCUGAGAAUAACAGCCUGCUCCACUGCACACUUCAAACAACACAUGGCUGCAAUGGAAUACUUCGAGGAAAAGAUUCCUGCAGGAAAAUAAGGAAUUGUCCGCAGCUGCAAGACAAAGUGUCACCCAGCGCACUCGCCCCGUCGGUGGGUGCUUCACUCAGAUUCCCUCGCCCCCUUCAAGUGCCCCAGCCAGGUGUCUAAUCUAAUCCUGCGCCCCCAUCUGGUCUACCAUGUCUAGGCAGCUCUCUCAACUACCGACCCCCGACCUGCCAGCAGGAGCCAGCCCACAGUUUGGAGGUUGUACUCAGCCCGCGGGCUCGCUCACAGGGACCCAUCUGAACCCGAUGGCGGGGCUGAAGUCCCUGCUGCAGCACCCCAUGAAGGGGGACCAGAGUUUAAAACCCCCCUGUGAGGGCAAAGAUAAGGACCGACUGGACCUGGACGAGGACUCCCUGGGAGUCUGCUCCAUGAGGAGCGGCAGUGGACUAGGCAGCGGCGCUAACAACAGCGGCGGCGGCGGCGGCGGCUGCGCGGGGGUUGGCGGUCCCACUGGCAGCAGUGGAGGAGGAACCUUCAACCAGUUCCUGGGACCUCUGUGGGAUCGCAGCCUGCCCACAGACGGCAGUCUUUUCCAGCUGCAGUACAUGGACUUGGAGGAGUUUCUGACGGAGAACGGAAUGGGCAGCAUGCACAACAACAACAGUUCCAGUUCGGCCCAGAUCCCCUCGCAGAGUUCCCCGUCAGCUGUGCCCAGCCAGAGUUCCCAGUGCCUCCCACCUUCAUCUCCUCCUGGCUCCACGUCCUCCUCUCCCUCGUCCUCUUCCUCCCCGUCGCUGAUUGGUUUGGAGGUUGUUCAGCCACAGAGCCUGGCAGGAGGAACCGACUGUCUGCACGGGACUCCAACAAAUAUGAAUGAGACCUGUGAGUCACCUUCUUCUUCCUCCUCCUCUUCCUCCUCCUCUUGUCCACCUCUGCUGACGCCCACAGGCAGUGGGCCAGAGCCGGUCGGAAUGUUUGACAUGGAUUCACCAGACAUGGCCAUGUCCAGCACCUCCAGCCAGUCCAACUUUGACCCCCGGAGGCACUCCUUCAGUGAAGAAGAGCUCAAACCACAGCCCAUGAUCAAGAAGGCCCGCAAGGUCCUGGUCCCUGACAACAUGAAGGAUGAGAAGUACUGGACCAGGAGGUAUAAAAACAAUGAAGCAGCCAAGCGAUCCAGAGACGCUCGCCGUCUCAAGGAGAACCUGAUCUCCGUGCGUGCAGCCUAUCUGGAGCGGGAGAACGCCGCCCUUCGACAGGAAGUGGCCGAGAUGCGCAAAGAACUGGGUCGCUGUCGCAACAUUCUUAGUAAAUACGAAAACCGUCUGGCUGACCAGUGAUGAAGACGCCGAAGGAAAAACAACAAAUCAGGAAGACGAGGAACAUCAGCUGGAUUGACAUUAAGACUCGAAUAUUUCUGAGACAGAAGCCGCUCUGAUAGGACGACAAGGACGAUGAUGACGAUGAUGAUGAUGAUGAUGAUGAUGAUGAAUGUAUAAGUCAAGGAGAGGGUUUGAAGCUCAGGUGUCUUGUUUUUGUGGAGGUGUCAACUCCUAAAAGUCACAGCUAGAAAGAAAACUUUAACUUUAAAUGAAAGAUGUGACUUUGAAGAGUUUUGUUAUCGGAGAAUUGUAUAUUUUUAUAAUAUUUAGGACAAAUUAGAGGGAGAGCAAAUUUGGUCAAUAAUUUUGUAUAUUUUCUAUAUGUCUGGGACGUAGAGACGGGAAAGCUACGGAAAAAAUCUUUUUAUUCUGGAUGAGUCAGCAGCAGCAGCAGUUGUUGCAGUUGCAGCAGCAGUUGCAGCAGCAGUUGUUGCAGUUGCAGCAGCAGUUGCAGCAGCAGC